AUGAAAAAUACAUCGUUUGGCUUUUUACCAAAUAAAGUAGUCAUGUCGAGAAAACCUAUUGAUAUUUAUCCUAACAUAUCAGAUAGUGAUAAAUUAAAUAAUGUAAAUACAAAUGAAUAUUCAUAUAAAAUGGUACCCCAUGCUUAUAAAAGAACAAUAAGUUCAUUUCCAAUGUUUGAUGACAAUAAUCUAGUUUAUAAUCCUAACAUAGUUAAUAUAAAACAGAUGAGGCCCCCACAUAAUAAUAGCAAUUUUCAUUAUCCUUUAGUAUACGGACAAAAAAAAAAUAAUUGUUUAAAUUCUUGUUCAUGCAUGAAGAAAAGUAAUUCAAACAUUUGUAAUAAAAUAAAUGACGAACAUAAUAAAAAUAAUGAACAAAAACAUAUAAAUGAUUUUAUUCCUAUAUUAUUUAAUAACAAAAAAAUAUUAGUAUCCAAUGUUUUUGAUAAUGCUCAUAAUAAAGAUCCUGUGUCUAACUUAGAAGCUAGCAAUUCAAAUUAUAAUUUUAAACAUAAUUUAUUUACACAUCCUGGAGGAUAUGUUUCUAUUGAUCAUAAAAAUCGAAGUAGAAGUAGCAAUGAUAGUGCACCUCAUGAUAAUAAAAAUAAUAAUAAUGAUGGAAAAAAUAAUUAUGGGAACAUUAUGUAUGGAAAAGGUGGCAAUAUAAUAAACCCCCCAAAUAUAGGAAUUUUUAAAAAAAAAAUAAUAAAAGAUAAAGCCCAUGAACCACCUAAAAGCCCUCAAAUAAACGAUUUAAUUAAUCAAAAAGAUUUAGAAAUUAAAGAUCUUGAAAUAAAAAUCGAAAAAGAAAAAUUAGAACAUGAAAUAAAAGACACAGUAUUAGAUAACAAUAAAUUAAAAGAAAAAUUGUUAGAUCAAAAAAUAAAAUAUGAAGAAACUUUAAAACAUUUGAAAAAAGUAGAAAGUGAAAAAAGAACAUUAAAAUCAAAUUUAAAUGUUAGAGAUAAAGUUUUAGAAAAAUUAGAAAAAGAAAUAGGAUCCGUUGAUAAUGAAAAUGAGUUGUUACUUAAGAUAAAAGAAAAUUCAAAUUUGAGUGAUAUACACAAAGUUUUUAAAUUGCUUCAUGAUAAAGAAAAUGGUGAAAAAAAUCAUAAUAUUAAAAGCAUUAGCUAUGCUGAUGAUACAACUAAGAAUAUUAUCAAUGAUAUGGAAAAUGAUCGAAAUAGUAAAAAAAAUGAGAGUAGUAAAGGAGAUAAAAAAAUGGAAGAAUUUCGAUGGUAUAAAACAAUUAGCACAUUUGAUGGUGCUGAUACUGAAAACUAUGAUAUAGAUAUGAAUGAUAAAAAAGAAGAAAUAAACGAAAAAAAUGAUCCCAUAAAAAAUGAUACGAACUUUCUAAAAGCAACAAUUAUAAAAAUGGACAAAGAAAUACAUAAAUUGAAAGAAGAAAAUAAAAAUGUAAAUUUUAAAUAUCAAAACACUUUUGAAGCAUUAACUGAGUUAAGAAAAGAUACAUUAGAAUAUAUGGAGUCAAUUGUUUCUCGUGAUAUGAGAAUAGGAUAUAUGGAAAGUAUGCUUCAAAAAUGUGAAAAAGAUUUAGAAAAAUUAAAGGAUAAUUUUAAAAAAGAAGAAACAAAUAAUAGAGAAAAAAUUGCAAAAUUAAAAUCCGAAAUUAAAAUAUUAGAAAAUCAAUCUUCACAUCUUCGACAUAUGAUCCAAGAAAAGGAUUCAGAAAUAGUUUUAUUAAAAAACGAAAUUGUUCGUAAUGAUAUUUUACUCAAACAAUAUGAAGAAAGAAAUAAAGAGCUUCAAAGUGAAUUAAGAUUAAUGUGUAAUAAUUUAGAAAAUGUUAUUGAUGCUUCAAAUAAAAAAGAUAUAUUUAUGGAUCAAUUAGAAAGACAAAUAAGAGAAAAUGAAAUACAUAGACAAAAUGCUUAUUUAAAAGAAGUUGCAAAAAAUAGAAAAAUACAUGCUAAUAUGAAAUUUAAAGAAAUUUUAUUUGAUAAAUCUACAAAAACACAAGUCGACGAAUUUAGAAAUUUAAAAAAAGAAUUAUAUCUAAAUAAAAUACAAAUUGAAAAAGCAAAAGAAGCUUUUGGAAUGCUCAAAAUAUCUUCAAACCGCGAAUCUAUGCCAAGAAAGAAAAAAGUCGUAAAGAAGAAAAAUACUCGAAGCCUUUCCGAAAAUAGUUCAGGAAAAUACACAGAAAAUAGCUCUGGGAAAUAUACAGAAGGUAGCACUGAAAACAUUACAGAAAAUUGUCAUGAAAACGGGACAGAGAAUAAUCCAUCUGAUUACAAAAUAAAUUCCACAAAAAAAAAUAAUAAAAAUGAUAAAUUGGGGUUGAAGACACCAACAGAUUCUGUAUCAAACCACAAAUUAUCUAAUUCAGUAGCUAAAAAAAAUACAAAAAAAAUGACAAAAAAAUUAAUAAAUGUGGAAGAGGAAACGUUAGUAUAG